GAUCCUCCUUUGCAGAGCUUUGGAGAUGCGGAGCGGGACUUCGAAGAAAUUCCACUGGUGCUCGGGCGGCGAAGGCUGCGAUGUCCUCAUCCAGCCGUCCAGUUCACGUACUCGCGUGCGCGACGGAGUAUCGCCAGGAGACUGCGAUCCUGCAACGGAGUGCGGCCCGCAAUGGUUUCCGCUUCCACACCGUCGGACUCGGUGAGCCCUGGAAAGGAUUUGCCACGAAGUUUCUGGCCUACGAGCGGACACUGCGCCGCCUGCUGGACACGACGCUUCAGCCCGAGGAUUUGGUGAUGCUCCUGGAUGCCUGGGACACAGUAAUCCUGGCACCUGCUGAUGAGCUCCGGGCCAAGCUUACAGCGAUUCCUCCCAAGACCAUCCUCGGGGGCACGGAGCGUGUUUGCGGCCCGAACCACUUCUUGGUU